CAACACUAACGGUGCAUGCUCGAUGCUCUCUGGCACACGUGUACGGAUGAUAUAAAUGUAACGGCGAAUGCAGAUGUUUCCCAUUUGCAAUUCCCUAUCACGAGAAAAAAUCGAGUGCUCCUCAGACACACAUCUAAUUUACUACUGUUAUUUAUAUUCGAUUUUCAUCGCUGAUUACUGUUUGUUAAGAAAUUCAGGAGACCGGUAGUCAACAUUCCGAUCAGUUUCCCAACCAUCUUAAAGAUUUUGAGGAUGGAAAUGAUCUGUUGAAGAAAGAAGGGUGAGACUUUGAAGAAGCAAAGCAAAAUGGUAUGUAUGGAAUACGGUAAUCCUGUUACUAACUCGCUUGCUUGCAUAAAAAUGGGACUCAUAGGUAGUUUAUCUUAAUGGCUCUUACUUUCAUGCAAGUGAAGGAGGGUACCCGAUAAUUUCUCAUGCAACGCUAGCAGUUGUGCUCGGCAAAGUAAAUAUUUUGUGAAAAGUGGUCGUGUUUUUAUCUACUGUAAUUAGCAAGUUUGGAGUAUAGAGGGAUUGCUUGACAUAUUAGUGAGGAAAUUGCGUACAUUUGUUGUUUAAUAAGCCCAAUUGGUUGCUUGAUGAUCCGAAUAGAAACAAAUAAGUUCCUAAAUCUGCUGCUACCCGGAGGCAUUUGUUGUAAUCUCAUUGGAGUUUGUAGUUCAAGUCUAGUUGCCUGCCACUUUAUGUAAAUUAAAUUGUUGAUAAUUUCAUCUUUCUCAGGAGUAAAAUUUGCAUGGGUGGACUGAGUUUUUUGUUGUAUGAUAAUUGUUUUAAGCUGACAAAAUUCCCAAAUUGUGCAUGGGGUUUAUGGCUGUUGGUCGAAGAUAAUGAACAAGGGAUUUUGGAUGUCAAAGGGUACAGAUGGAGAUCCAGCAUUUGAGAAUCCAUCCAGGCUUGAAUCUAAACGAUCUCAUCAGUGGAUUAUAGAUGAUGCUGAGCCUGAGUUGUUCCCUAGCAAGAAGCAAGCAGUGCAAACUCCAAACAGCACCAUGACUUCUGGAAUUUCCAGUGCAAAUGCUCCUUCCUGGGACAACACCCCUGGUUUUCAGUCUGUCCCAAACCAAUUUAUUCAUCGGUUAUUUGGGGCUGAAACUGCAAGAUCUUACAAUUUUGCUGAAAGGAAUUUAUAUCCUGCUGGAACCGGUGACUCAAAUGCAUCUGUUAGCCUGUCUAUAUCUCAUGGUAUGGGAGAUCCUGAAGCCUGUGUUAACUAUGGUGGUUUUAGAAAAGUCAAAGUAAAUCAGGUUAAGGACUCUGACAGUAGUAUUUAUGUCCCAAAGGGACAUGGUUUCACAAUUGAAAGUAAUUUGGGACAUGGUUUCACAGUUGAAAGUAACAGUAACAAUUCCACUGGUCAGGGCUUCAACAGGGAAAGUGAAAGUAGCUUUAUAUCAAUGGGGCAAGCAUUUGAUGAGGAUAACAAUGUCACAGUGAAAGGUCAUACCUACAAUAAAGAAGAUGCACAUGUUGGGUCAAUGAGCUCCACUUACAUCAAAGUUGACGACAGUGUCAUUCCAAUAAGUGACACAUAUAGAAAGGAGGACACCAAUCUAUUAUCGUUUGGAGGAUUUGAAGAUGCGCAUGAUGUUAUACCUAUCUGUAGGCCAAUCAACAAUUAUGACCACUCUUACGAUCAAUCUUCAGUUAAAACACGAGAAGCAGUUGAUCAAAAAGAGCUGGGUGCCAAGGCAGUUGCAAGUAAUACUCGGGCAACUAAAUCCAAACCUGAACCUGUUUCUAAGAACAGACAAGGGUUGAAAACUACCAGAAAAGAAGCUCCAAACAGCUUUCCUUCGAAUGUCAGAAGUUUGAUCUCAACUGGUAUGCUUGAUGGAGUCCCCGUAAAGUAUAUUUCCUUGUCACGCAAGGAGCUUCGUGGCAUUAUAAAAGGUUCUGGCUAUCUUUGUGGGUGCCAAUCAUGUAAUUAUUCCAAGGUGCUCAAUGCAUAUGAGUUUGAACGCCAUGCUGGUUGCAAGACAAAACAUCCAAACAAUCAUAUAUGCUUCGAAAAUGGAAAAACUAUCUAUCAGAUAGUACAAGAAUUAAGGAACACUCCUGAAAGCAUGUUAUUUGACGCAAUUCAAACUGUUUUUGGUGCACCUAUUAAUCAGAAAUCCUUUCGCAUCUGGAAAGAAUCGUUCAAAGCUGCAACUCGUGAGCUCCAGCGUAUCUAUGGGAAGGAAGAACUAAUGCUGUAAAGCAUUAUUUUACUUGCAGCCUGCAUAGAAACUAGCAUGACUGGCUAGAGAAUCAUGCAUGCACUGCAGGGAAUGCUGUUCAGAGACAGGUCAAAUGAUGCUUUCUGUUAUAUGAUGAACAGCUAGUUCAUGUAGAACUGUAUUUUGAUAUUGAAUCAGUGAGAUUGGGUGCCUAAGUACAAUGUAAGAAACAAAGGGAAACUUCUGUGCGAAUCACUUGGUGACACAGAAUAACCUCAGUUGCUACCAUGACUAUUGAACUGGCAUUCUUACUGGAAAUUUGUGGUAAGAGUUGAUCAUUCUUAUGCUUCACCCUUGUGCCACGAUGCGGGAAACUUGUUCUUCAUUGUGCUGUAUUAUUGUACAUAACAUCCUGGAAUACUUGGAGGAAUUUGGACACGAA